UCUAGUAGUAGUUCACGUCCUCCAGCCAUUAAAAGGGGUGAUGCAACGAGCCGGGCGACAACAGUAACUUUACCAGCUGAGAGCGAGAGCACUCCAGCCGGUGGAGAGCAUCACAACACGCGCGUUUUAUUCAGCCAAAACAAGAUUUCGGAAUGAUGCUUCAGCAUCCUGGUUUGGGUUCCUUGGAGAUCAGUGCAUCGGCUUUGGUUCCCUGCCUCUCCCCGCCAGGCUCUCUCACACUGGACGACUUCACCAACUUCACUCCAUUAGUGAAAGAGGAGCUGCGCUACGCCAUCCAGAACAAACGCAUGUCCAACGGCAUGAGCACCUUGACCACUGAUCGAGCGUGUAUGAACAGCGAACGACCCACUGAACAACCUGUAAUGAAGCGACUGGCCACUCCAGAGGAGAGUGACCGAAGAAAAAGAAGGAGGGAAAGAAACAAAGUUGCAGCAGCAAAAUGCCGAAACAAGAAAAAGGAGAAAACCGAUCAUUUACAAAAGGAGUCCGAGAAGUUGGAGUCCAUCAAUGCCGAGUUGAAAGCCCAGAUUGAGGAGCUGAAGAACCAAAAGCAGCAGCUAGUUUACAUGCUCAACCUGCACAGGCCCACCUGCAUUGUCCGUGCUCAGAACGGCCAGACCCCUGAAGAUGAAAGGAAGCUCUUCAUCCAGCAAAUCAAAGAGACCACCCUGCAGGGUCUGAAUCUAACCAUAAGUGGACCAACACACACCGCGAUACCAACUAGCUGUGGGCAUCUCUGAAUCACAAACUGUCCAGGCAAGAAGCUAAUGGCUCCGCAAUCCUCGCCAAGGAACAUUGGAAGGUUCACCCACGUUAUAAAGGACUAAACACGGGUGCCUGCCAUGAUGCCACUCAAGGUCGGUCUGAUGUACACUGAAAGAAAGAGACUGUUAAAGCACUAAAGUGUUGAAGGACGUCUGAUGCGUUUUUCUCUUAUUUAAAUGUGUUCGUAAAUGUAUGUUUAACAUGAUAUGCUUUUUGUAUGCACCAAAGCUUGAUGUCAUGUUGAUGCUAGAACAACAUGAUUUCGUUUAUUUAUCGGCUUGUUGGUUAAAUUAAACCCUGGCGGUGGGUUUGACAGCAAGUACUAUUCUAGUGAGGGGGGAGACCUAGUGAUUUGUGUGUAUCUUUUUCAUUUUUUUGGCAGACAUACAGGGUGAUGAAUGAAGUUGUUUAGUUUAGUUACAAAUGUAGGCUAUCUGUGGCCUCUGUCUUGUUAAGUGUCCACAUAACAUGCCAUGUGAAGUAUUUCAAGCUGCUACUAAUCUCUCAGGACUUGGGCUAUGUAUAUUACAGGAAACUCAUGCUAAAACAGAUAAAAUAACAGAGAAGUCGACGAGGAGUGGACUUUGAGACACCACUUACAAGGAAGUCUCUACCCCUUCACCACUGAAAGCCUGCCUAUAACCUCAACCAUCUGACUAUAUUGUUGUUACAAUGCUGUGAGCAGGAGGGUCUGCAUUUAUCAGCCCACUGUAAAAAAAAAAGGAGAAAAAAAAAGAAAGUGUUUUUGUGCUUUUAGCAAGGACAUACUUAUUUUCUGAUGUAUACUGUAGCUGUGUGUUGUUAUUGUCUAGAUGCACAAACCUCUACACUCCCAGCUAACAGCGAACAAUCUCAGAACGUUCUGACAAGGUUCUCUUAAAGUCAUGAGCAAACGUUCUUCCAGUAACAUUAAUAGAAUGUUCCUUCAAAGUUAUGUGGUUUUUAAUGAUGUUCUCAAAACGUUAAUACAUUGUUCAUGCAACAUAUUUUUCUGUUAUAUAUAUUUUUUUAAUAUUACUAGCUACUACUUGUUUCAG